AUGCAGCAACUAACUCCGAAAACCAACCCCCUUUUUGGUGGUAGGGCUGUCUCCUGGAGCAAUAAGGGAGACAAAAUCACACAAGGAACGACGAACCUGCAGCCGCAGCCACCCGGUGACGCAUCGUCGAAGCCAAACGGGGUCUCGUAUGUUUCUUCCAACAAAGCGUGGCCAGCUCUGGAAGAGGGUGGACUCCGCAGUGCGUAUUAUGUCGUGCACCUUGCACGCAUAGGUGCAGCACAUCCCAUUGCGAUGGCCACCGAGGUUGUUGUGUUGAGAGAGCAUUCAUUAUCUAGCGUCUUUGAGCCAUCUCCUAGAGAUUUGGAGGAGUUAUAA